AGCCCCACACUGAAAGCGGAUUAUUUGCCGAAUGCGCCACAGUUGAAAGUCGAAGUCAAAGAACGUCUGCGUUGUCAGUUUGCAGUCGCUUAAUCCGGUUUACUCGCACCAGAUUAGAUUUUUAAUUCUUUUUAUACUUUCUGGAAGCAGUUUAAAGUCAGGGCAACAUGGUUAAAGUCACAUUUAACUCCGCUUUGGCGCAGAAGGAGGUGAAGCGAGGAGAAAAGGACGAGGCUCUGAUCCCUCAGGAUGGGGAUGUGGAGGAGGUGGUGCGGGUCAGGCAGCAGUCUUGGGCCUGGUGCUGGUGCAUGUGUCUGGGUCUGGCCCUCAUGCUGUCUGGCGUGGUGGUGGGUGGAGCUUACCUGUACAAGCAUUACAUCAUGGAGGCUGCUGUUGUGCAGGAGGAGGACGUGUAUUUCUGCGGCGUGCGCUACAGCGAGGACCGCUUCAUGAUCCCUGAUGUCAGUAACGAGCACGCGGCCCCUCUGAAGAGCCUCAGCGAGCGAUUCCGCAUCCUGGAGAAGGAGCAGGUGGAGCUGAUCAGCGUCCCCGUGCCGGAGUUCAGUGACAGCAACGCUGCCGAGAUCGUCCACGACUUCGUCCUCCAUCUGACCGCAUACCUGGAUCUGAGCCUGAAUAAGUGCUACAUCACCCCCCUGAACACCUCCGUCGUCAUGCCGCCCAGAGACCUUCUUGAUCUGCUCAUCAACAUCAAUGCCGGCACCUACCUGCCGCAGUCAUAUAUGGUGCGUGAGCAGAUGGUUGUGACGGAGAAGGUGGAUGAUUUGGAGGAGCUCGGUUACUCCAUUUACAUGCUGUGUAAAGACAAGGACACUUACAAACUACAGCGCAGGGACACCAUAUCAGGUAUUCAGAAGCGCGAGGCUCUUAACUGCCACAAGAUCCGUCAUUUUGAGAACAGGUUUGUGUUGGAGACGCUGAUCUGCGAGUGAAUUCUGCUGUCGGGAAACGUCUUUGAGAAACCCGAGUGCAGCGAGAUGUCAGCGUGUCCCCUCUCACCCCUGCUCUUUUCUUUUCUUACACUCUUCCUUUUUCCUCUGUGUGUGCACGCAUGUGUGUGUGUGUGUGUGGUUCCCUUCUGCUUUUCUGACCUUUUUCUUUAUUUUAGCAGCAGGACAACGGGGAGAAAACACUCUCUCUUUCUCUCUAAAUGAUAACGAGCUCACACGGGCUUUUUUUGUGUAUAAUAUUGAAAAUUAUUUUGGUUGUAAGUUUCACUCAGAUUUACGAGAUUCGCUCAUCGAGCGCAAAUUAAUCCCCCGUAAGGACAUAAAACACAUUUUGUAUAACCUGAGGCAAUAAAAACUUUCUUUAUGUCUUUAUAAAAACUGUGAAACUUUAUAAAAAAAAAAAGAAGUCACAGGCCAGUUCAGUAAAUUGUACACUGGAACUUGUGAACAUUUAGGAGAGAAAUAUAUAUAUUUUGUCACAGAAUAACGUCACCAACUUGUACACUGGAGCUUCAUUUAAUAAACAUGACUAGGAAUUUUGUAAUUCUGUCACUUAGAAAUUGUUUUUGCUUGUUUUCUCAGUAACUAAGCUUUUGUUGACUGUAAUAUUAAUCUAAGUAAAUGCAGGAUCUGAAAUAUCCUGAAGCAUCUUUUCACUAGCUAUUUUUCGGUGAUUUAUGUAUUAAAUCAGAUUUAGAACAUGUAUCCAUUUCUGUCUUAUACCACAGAUGUUUAUCUCAGUUACACGAUGCAUCGAUUUAUUAUGGAGAACAUUUAGUUAAAACUCAAUAAAACUGGACCACUU